UCUUGAGCUCUCUCACUUGCGACACCUCCACCCGGCACCGCGCCCCAUUAACGCCCGUCAACCUGCGCUUUUGGCACACACGCGUUGCCAAACUAGCACCUACGAAACAGCAAGAUCCGCGCCUGCACCGCGAAAUCUUGCAAGGUUGCACGAGCCUCUCCACGCCUCGACGAAGAAGCUCGAACGUGCAGCGUAAUCUGCACCUCGACCAUAGCAAUCAGCACCACUGAGGGAACAGAGCUUUAACCCCGCCGGCCAAUCAACACUCUCUAUCUGGUGUUCUUGCACGUACUAGAGUCACGACACCCUUGCCUGGACAGAUCGUACAUGUGGGAGGCUCGGCUUCCGAGCGCCCGGAGUAGCCAUGAAGAUCAAGAAGCAGGCUACAUCGCGGCAUGAGUCCACUCUGUCUCCGAUGAUAGCAGAUUUCGUCAAAGCGACCGAGUCGAUUCCCCUCUACCAGAUACCCGCCCACCUUGCGUCGUUCCCCAAGUUAUGGCCGUUUCCGCGAGGCGACACAUACCACUGGAUCCCAGUGCUGAACCGCUUCGAUCGCAUACUCGAGCUGUUUGUUCGCAUCUAUGGCCUGGAAAACGGCCCUCAGACGCAACCAUUCCAGCGCCUUCUCUUGCAGCAAGGUGAUGCCGAGGAAGGCAAGACAGCAGAGCCAGCAACAGCCGACAUCUUGGACAAACUACACACCGCUCCGGAUGGCGAUCGCGAGCUCGUUGAGCAAAUACUCAAUUUUACUCGGCUUCUGCUUGAGAAUUGCGGCAAUCGGAGUCUCUAUUCCAGCAGCGGUCACUUGGACAAGCUAUUGAAUUCUACAUGUGUGUCUCUAGUGAAAGCUACGCUCCGCUUGAGCUUGCGCCUUUCCCAGCGCUAUUAUUCCGCUCGUAUGCGGCUCGCACCUGCGACAUUACACCCGACCUUGCUAGCCAGCCAUUACAACAUCAAUCUCGAGAAGAUGCAAAAGUUGGCCGCACCCUUUCCGAAAGGGCCGUCGCUUGCACCACCGCUUUUUGCCACCCCCGCAGGGAAGGGCAAGGAUAGAGCGCUUGGGGACCGUCGUAGUGAUAAUGAUAGGGUGUACGCUGCCGAUAUGGUCGGUCUUUUUACGCUUCCCGAGGGGGCCUUGAGGCAGGAAUUUGGCGGUGUUUCGAUUUCCUACUACGAAGCAUCUUCAACCUCUGAGGAGAUCCAGUCAUCUUCUACGGACGCGUCAGGAACAGCCGCGCCCACGACUCCUACGCCAGUACGUCGGACCUCCAACAUGAACCCACAGCAGACCCCUCGUCAAUCCCGCGAUGGACCAUCGACCGAGUCUCCUAUAACGCCUGCGUUCACACCUGGGGACUUCGGCACUGGUCGACCUACCGGAGCCAAGUCCUUCGAAAAGUCGCCAGAAACCUUGUCCAGCUCCGGCAUACACGAGCUCGUCCAGCAGGGCCUCAAAGAACUGCCUGAAAAUGUGCACUACGAACUUCUCCACAAAGUACGAUCAGCCAAGACUUUAGUUGAUGGUCAGAGUGGCCGCGAAGAUGCUGCUGGGAUCCGUAUGCUUGCCAUCGCCAACUUGGCGUAUGUCUACGGCGAGAAGGAUUUCCAUGCGAAACUCGGUCAACAGGACGCCGAGGAGCCUCGUCGCUUACAAUGGGCCCACCAAUUGUCCGAACUUGUGCAUCCGCCUAGCAGUGGCGCUGGUGCUGUGUCGCUUGAGUUACAGACUUACGCUCUCAGCGCUCUUGAAGCUUUGGCGAAACACAAGUCGAAGUCUUCGGAUAUAUGUACAGCUCUCAGUGUCAACGUCAAUCAUGGUGUCCUCUUUUACAUAGUUCGCAAGCUCGUCGCUGAGUUGGCUGUCGAAGACGGUUCUGAAGUUGACUUCCAACAAGAAGACUGGCGAGAGGCCUUGUUCUCGCUACUCAACACGUUGCCAACCUCACAAGCACGAACUGGAGACGGCAUGGUUUCUGCUGGACUCAUAGAGAUCUUGGUCGAUGUACUCAAGCUUCGAACAACCAAAGCAGAACGGAAUCACCCGAAGAUCCUCAACUUCCUUGACACCUUCGUUCACAACCUUCGGGAGGCAUUCCAAGCUUUAGUCGACGCUAAAGGACUGGACAUCAUUGCGGACCUCGUAUUCUACGAGGUGACCACCUCGCAGCAGCUCGCCGAGGCAGGCAAUGGAAUUUCCAAGGAGUACAAGACACAACUCACCGACUAUCAGAUUCCUUUCUAUAACCAGCAAACACUCCGCUGGCUGUUCAAGUUCAUGAACCAUAUGAUGUCUCACACUGGAGGUGGCAAUUUUGAUCGCCAAAUGAGAAAUCUGAUCGACUCGACACCCCUCCAACAAGGGUUAGAGAUCGUGUUGUCCAACGCCAAUGUUUUCGGGUCAACUGUGUGGAGCAUGGGAGUGAACAUCUUGACCACGUUCAUUCACAAUGAACCAACAAGCUAUGCAGUAAUUAAUGACGCCGGUCUCAGCACUGCACUGCUUGAGACCGUCUCUGGCGAGAAAAUAUCCGAGACCUCCACCGAUGCUACAGACGGAAACACGGUUUCAUCAGCCGACUCAGCAUCUGCGGGCCAGAACUCUUCACCUCCACGCCCUGCACGCGUGUAUCCGCCACGCGACCCGGACGUUACCCUUGCUUCUGGCAUUUUGCCUGUUGCAGAAGCGAUUUCGACCAUACCGCCUGCAUUUGGUGCUAUUUGCCUUGCAGAGGCUGGUAUGAAGCUUUUCCGGUCGUCGGCGGCCAUGAAGCACUUCUUUGAGAUUUUCGAGAGCCCAGCUCACGUCAAAGCUUUGGAUAUGGAUCCUGAAAUUCCUACCAUCAUUGGCAAUGCUUUUGAUGAGCUGGUUCGCCACCACCCUCCGCUGAAGAACCCAGUUUUGGCAUCCCUAAGCGAAAUGGUCGCCCGGGUUGUUCGCAUAUGUUUUGACAAGGCAGAAAAGGAAGGGGCCGGCACCAAGUUGUACUAUGAGAACGACAAAGACGAAAAGAUCUAUGUUUGCGGUGGCCGGCCUGCACUCUCAGGUCUAGAAGGCUUGAUACAUAAGCAACUCUCGCAGCGAGCUAGCUCUGAGGGUGAUGUUCUCAUGGCAGACGCGCAUGACACAUCAUCGAACCCUCUGGAGCCUAUUGCUCUCAGUGAUGUUAUCGAGAUCGAAGAUCGUUCAGCAGGACCCUCCACAAGCCAAUACAUCAGUGUCGUAUGUCGGUUCCUCGGUGGUUUUUUCACCAACAACGUAAUGUGCGCUGCCUACAUAGAGGCAGAUGGUGUCGAGACGAUACUCGAUCUCGCCACGCUGCCUUGUCUCGAUGCUAGAUUCAAUGAAACACAGACGACCAGCGAGGAAUUUGCGCGGGUGGUCCAGGUUCUCGUAGAGCAGAAACCUCACAUUGCAGUACCUGCGUUGUUGAAGCGCACCCAGUUUGCGUUGGAUCGUCUGGAGCCUUUGAUGCAUCACAACUACAACGAUGGUAAAGGGUUCUUUGCGUCGUUCACGGGCGUGGCACCGGACCCUGAUCCUGAACAACGGAAGAUUCGAGACCAAGGCACCCAAUAUGUCAAGUCUCUUCUUGCGGUACAUACAUUGGUAUCAGCUCUGACAACGACCUUCCAAGGCCAGAUGUUCAAUACUCGUUCCUCACACAACGUCUCGAGCCAGGUCAAUCUUUCUGAUAUGUAUGCUCGACUAGUCGAUAGUCUGGGUCGCCUUCAUCGGAGCUGCGUCUGGGAAGAAAUACUGCUGCAGAAAAAUAUGCCCACAGAAUGGGAGAAGGAGACACGCGUCAAGAGCUCGGGUUUCGGAGCAAUCGAGGCUGACAGUGUCUUCAACCUCGGUAACAACGAUAGGCCCACCGAACCAACGGCCGGGCCGAGCAAUGACGAGACCGCCGGCUCUGCUUCUGGGUCCUCAGGUGAUGUCCCAACUCCAAGUCAAAAUAGUGCCCGCUUCAAAAACACUCAAAUCCUGCGACACUUGUUAAGCAAGAUCCCGCCUGGCAUUGCCCCAUUCUUCCAGUCUCUAGGUAAACUCCUCCUUUUCCGACGCACAUUGGAGCCGUACCAGAAACAGGGCGCAACCAUCGUCGGGGAUCAAUUAGCACAGGCCGCUAUCGAUCAGUUGCGCUUCGAGGCCCCCAAAGCAUUCGCUUCUGCUGAAGAUCGAUAUGCGUACUGGAUCGUGAUAUUGACAUCACUUUCACAGCUAAUGAUCGACAAUAACCUGGAUCGCAUGAGCCCGCAAGCCCUGACUCUUAUUCUUGUAUCUUUCAGGAACCUUGGUGGCUUAGCUGUACUAGCAGACAUCCUUAACACUUUCUAUGAGUCGGCCAAAGAUGUUAUCCAAACCCAAGGAGAACAGCCCUCCGAGGAGUAUCAGCGAUCGCUGAACCUAUCGCUUGGCGGCGUCAAGAUUAUACUCGCGUUCUAUGCUCAAAUCAUCAAUGCAAAGGUGAUCAACGAAGCCACCCAGACUGCCUCGAUGCAGACGCGCCCCGAUCGCGAACGUGAACGUCCCGAUUACUUCCAGGCGCCUCAGUUUAUCGUUGAGUUGCGCCAUGCUGUGACGAAGCCAGUCCAGAACAUAUGGAACUCCGAUCUCAUCGACAAGGCGACAACGUCCAUUGUAAAGACUUCCAUCAACAUCUUGAAGACUGUACUAGACGGUGAAGGCGAGAAUGCAGCCCCCAAGAGCGUGGAUAAAAUUCCUCAUCGGAGCAAGCCCGUGAUCAAACCCUGGAAGCCUAGGAGUGCCGAGCACAUUCAACGUCUUAUGGAAGGUAGUCAGUACCCGGAGAGCUUGGUAGAAGAAGCUCUCUUCCGGUGCUGUGAUAAUUUCAAUACUGCUCGAGAGUAUUGUCAGAACCAGGUCCGUGACGUGCGGGCUUCUCGAAACCCGAUUCCCCAGUACGAGAUCGAAGCUCGUCGUGCCCCGAAUGCUUCGCCGAGCCGAACAGAGGUGGUAGUGCCCGAGCCUGCAGAGACGGCCAGUAAUUCGGCAAGUGAGGACGCCGACGAACAUGACGGCUGGACGGCCCAAGACUCGCAGUCUGUGGAUAUGGAAGAUGCCGAAGUUUCCCAAAAUGUUCAGGAGCAUCCAUCUGAAGCGCCUGUGCUAGAACAAUCAUCAGCAGCAGAAACAUCCGUAGCUUUGCAGGGUGGCCUCGCUUAUCAGAAGCGUAUGGUGACCGGCAAUCUGGCAGAACCUGUUGCCGUGGAUGACUUGGACAAAGAACGCGCCAACAUCCGCGAGAACCUUGUGGACCGAUCGCUCGACAUUCUAAACUCUCACAACGAUGUCACCUUUGAGUUGGCGGAUCUGAUCUCUGCUGCAGUCGCCAAGGCAACUGAGCCGGGUGCACUGCGUAGCGAGAUAGGAUCUACUUUGAUCCAGUCACUCAUCUCUUUGCAAAUGGAAGAUGAUUUCCGCGAUCAAGGGAAGAAAAUCGCAGCUUCUGCUCAUUUGCUGGCCCUCAUCAUUCAAGACAAGGAUUUCUACGAGGCUGUAGUGGAAGAGCUGAAGGAAAACUUUGCGUUGUUCCUUCAGUUCAUCAAGAUAUUUCCCAAUCAGGCAGCUGAGGAAUCCUCGUCAUGGAUUGGCCAUGUUCUUGUUAUUCUCGAACGUCUGCUCGCGGAAGACCAGCUCCCCACCCAGAUAUCCUGGACUCCGCCAACCGAAUCCGACAAUGCGGAAACACCUGUCCAACUGCCACCCGAGCCCAUUGUCGGUCUAGAUGAAAAGAACCAGCUAUUCGAUUCUUUGAUCGAGAUCCUGCCACAUAUCGGCAAGGAUGAAUCAUUGGCCUUGUCGGUCAUGCGCGUUAUGGUGAUGCUUACACGCACCCGCAAGAUCGCGCAGCGUUUGGCCGAGAAGCGCAAUAUCCAGCGCCUCUUCCUCAUGGUACGGCAGCUUGCAGGUAUCACAAAUGACGGUCUUCGGAGCGCCUUCAUGAUUGCUCUACGCCACAUCAUCGAAGACGAUACCAUGAUACGUCAUAUAAUGCGCAGCGAAAUACAACAAAUGUUCGACUCCCGAGAUCGUAGACAGACAGACACCACGGGAUACACACGCCAAAUGUACUAUCUGGCUAUCCGCGCCCCUGAGAUUUUCGUCGAAGUCACCAACGAGAAACUCCAGCUUGCCCGCUUUGAUCCUAAUCAACGUCCGCAGACUCUGAUACUUAAAAAGGAUGAGCCCGCUAUAGAAGGCGAAGACUUGCAUACUUCUGGCACAUCGAACGAGGUCCCAGAGAACGAUCGGCUCAAAGAGACCAGCGAGGCUCCUAAGCAGCCCAGUCUCGAGAGGACCAAGACUUCCGAUCUCAAAUUGCCAGUGGUUGAGAACCCCGACGGCAUCAUCCACUACCUCUUGUGUGAAUUGCUCGCCUACAAAGAGGUUGAAGACAAGCCGACACCCCCCAAAGUAUCCGAGAAGGACGAAGAAGCCCCGCAGCAGUCGACCACCAACGCAGCAUCGACAGCUACCUCAGAAACGGCGAAUCCGAGCACCGAGCAAACGAAGUCGGAAAAGGUCGAGUUUAAGGCGGAGAACCACCCUAUUUACAUCUAUCGAUGCUUCAUCCUGAAGUGUCUUGCAGAGCUCCUCCAAAGCUACAAUCGCACUAAGAUCGAGUUCAUCAACUUCUCUAGGAAGGCAGAUCCAUAUGUUACUACUCCGUCCAAGCCUCGAUCUGGCGUACUGAACUAUCUUCUUAACGUCCUGGUGCCUGUUGGUAGUCUGAACCACGAAGGUGACCUCGCUUUCAAGAAGAAAUUGGCUACGUCUAGCUGCGCUAUCGAUGUGAUCGUAUCGCUAUGCGCCAAAACCGGAGAGCAGGGUGUUUCUAGGCCAAGUCCUAACGAAUCGCCUUAUGUUGAGACCGAGUCUGAGCUCUUGUUUGUUCGCAAGUUCGUUCUAGAGCAUUGUCUCAAGGCAUUUAAAGACGCCUGCGCUUCUGACGAAGUUCUCGACAUGAAGUACUCUCGUCUACUUGGUGUAGCCGACAUUUUCUCCAAACUGGUCUCUCAACGCCCUAAUGGGGAGAUGCUGAAUCAAAACGCCGAUCUCACUCCGACGCUCAAACAAAUGGCCAAAAUCAUGUAUGAAAAGAACUUCAUCACAAUCUUGACGACCGCCAUUGCCGACAUUGACCUCAAUUUUCCCAAUGCAAAGCGGGUUGUCAAGUACAUCCUCAAGCCACUUAAAUGGCUGACGUAUGUUGGCAUGGACUUGAGCACUCGCUACGACACAUCUUCCUCUCCCGAUUCGACAGACGAGUAUGAGAUCUCUUCUGCCUCAGACGAUGAUCUUAUGGACACAACACGUGAAGAGACACCAGAUCUUUUCCGUAACUCGACGCUGGGCAUGUUUGACCCUGGUAACGAGUCAGAGACCGACGAGGAUGAAGAUGAGGGUGAAGAAGAUGAAGACAUGUAUGGUGAAGCCUAUGCCGACGACAUGGACUUUGACGAAGAGCUUGGUGAUAACGACGAGGUCAUUUCCGAAGAUGAGGAGAUGGAAAUGGAACUCGGUGACAUCGGCCCCAUUGAAGGACUUCCCGGCGAUGUAGACGUCGAAAUCGAGCUUGACGAUGAUGGCGAGGGCAUGGGCUCCCAGGACGAAUCUCAGAGCGACGAUGACGACGAUAGCGAAGAUGACGAGGAAGACGAGGAUGAUGGCGACGAGGAUGACGACAUGGACGACCUCGAGGAGAUCGAGGACAUGGAGGAUAUGGAGGAGAUUACGGGCGAUGAUGAAAACGCUAGCCUUGCUGAUGACCGCGAGGACAGUUGGAGCGGUGAUGGUGCCUACCCGGAGGGAGGUUCUGCGCUCAACUUUGUGCUCGAUCGACCGCAGCAGCUUCUUGACCAGAUUCGUCAGGGCGAUCUGGAUGAUUUCAUUGAUGAUGAGAUGCAGGAAGACGAAGAUGAUGAGGAAGAAGAAGAUUUUGACGAAGAGGACAUCGUCUACGAUCCAGGAAUGGAAGAUGAUGAUGAAGGCAUGCAUGAGAUGGGUUGGGACUGGAACGAGCCUGCUCCGCCAUCACGUCACUUGCACCGCCUGAGUCCUUGGAUGUUUCCCGGCGGGCCCGACAAUAGAGUUCUCGUGCCAGCAUAUCGGUCACAUCGCCCUGGUGCAGGGCCGCGCAUGGCAGAUGAUGGCGUUAACCCACUUCUACAACGGUCUGGUCGUUCAGCUGGACGCCACGGUGAUCCUUCCUCUGCAAAUAAUAGCGAUUGGGUUCAUGCUAUCGAAGGUCGCGGUCCACGGCUACUCCCUUCAGACACUAGCCCGGUCUCCUUCAUCAGCAAUCUGCUCAACGCGAUGAGCCAAGGGACGCUGCACACGCAGAACGGCACCGUACACCUGUCCUUCAACAAUCUACCCUUGGGUCCUCAUGGAUUCUCCCCGCCAUUCGAUCCGACUUUCCGCCGCGACAUUCGUACACGCGAUAAUCCUCUAGGUCGCUCAGCACGAGAGGAUCCACAAUCUUCUGUAGCGUUCCUCAAGGCUUACACUCACCAGCGUUGGCAGGAAGAGGCGCGCGUACUAUAUGGCCCGAGCGCAAUAGAGAAGAGCCAGCGUGUCGUCAACUCAAUAUUAAAACUCAUGGUUCCGCCCGCUAUAGAGGCUCAAAAGAAGCGGCAAGCGGAGAAGGAAGCCGAGCUCGAGCGGAGGCGAAAAGAAGAACAAGAGCGCAGGGAGGCCAAGGAACGUGAGGAACGAGAAGAGAAAGAACGCCAGGAGCGUGAGCGUCUGGAAGCCGAGCGAGUAGCUGCUGAGGCUGCCGCGCAAGCUGGUGAAACUGUCGGAGAAGUAGUGCCCACGGAAGGCACAGACACCACCCAGCCUGAAUCUCAAGAAAUGGAAGGUGUAGAGGCUGCGCAGCCUGCGCAACCGGUGGAGCCUCAACAACGGGUCACGGUGAAUAUUCGUGGCCACGACUACGAUAUUACUGAUCUUGGUAUUGAUCUAGAAUACCUAGAGGCCCUCCCUGAGGAUCUGCGGGAGGAAGUUUUGCUAUCGCAGAUUCAGGAGCACCGUGCACAACAGCGCGCUAAUGAACGUCGAGCACGAGAGGAUCGCAAUGCCACACAACAAGCCCAGGGCGAUAACCAAGCCCAAUCGACCAGCGAACAAGCUGCCGGUAUUGACGAUGAUUUCUUGGCUGCAUUGCCAGUCGAGAUCCGGAACGAACUGCUCCAGCAUGAGGCUCAAGAGCGUCGACGACAAGAACGAGAAGAGCAACGACGACGGAGUCAAGCAAAUGCCCCGGCACAAGCUGAGGACAUUGACCCGGCGAGCUUUUUAGCUUCAUUGGAUCCCGCUUUGCGACAAGCCGUUCUAAUGGACCAGGACGAGGACAUGUUACGACAACUGCCGCCUGAGAUCUCGGCCGAGGCCCGCUCGUACGGUGGUGAUCGUCGUCUAAACCAAUUCGACUAUCUUCCUUCUGGUUUCCGCCAGACCACGCAUCGCGGCGCUGAUCGUGACGUUCAACUCCAGAAGCGGAAAGCUCGGCCAUGUGCACAGAUGCUUGACAAGGCCGGUGUAGCAACAUUGCUCCGCCUCAUGUUCAUCCCUCAACAAGGCAGUGCCAAGGCCAGCUUGACCCAGAUUCUACGGUACGUUUGUGAGAAUCGUCAAAACCGGGCCGAGGUUAUCAGCAUCCUGUUGUCAAUUCUGCAGGAUGGCAGUGCCGAUGUGAACGCUGUUGAGCGUAGUUUCGCUCAGCUCUCACUGCGUGCAAAGCAGACUCAGCAACAGCCUAGCGAGAAGACUCCGAAAAUAUCCAAGAAGAACGGGGCCUUCUCCAUCAAUUCCGAUGUUUCACCGCUUAUGGUCGUCCAGCAAUGCCUGAACACGCUUACUCAACUCACCGAAAAGAAUCCUGCAGUCUGGACUUUCUUCCUGACAGAGCAUGAAACAGGCGUUGGCUUCAAGAGCCGAGCCAACCGCAAGGGUAAAGCGAAAGAGACCAAGGCGACCAAAUACCCUGUCAACGCCUUGUUGAGCUUGCUGGAUCGGAAGCUCAUCAUCGAGAGCUCGUCCAUCAUGGAACAACUCACAACCCUACUGCGCAUAAUCACUGUUCCUCUUCAACACUUAAAGAAGGAGAAGGAGAAGGCUGGGACUGAAGCCGAGAAGAAGGACGAAACGUCUGCUGCCGAACACUCACCUACUGCCGAGGCUGACCAGAACCGUGAGCAGCUUGCGACUGGGCAGCAACAGGCUGAGGAUGUUGAGAUGCCGACUGCUUCCCAAAACGAGACUGCCGCUGAAGCAGCCACGGACGGCGGGGACAGCUCCUCUAAACCCGAAGCAUCAAAGACCGAGGAAGACAAGAAGAAGCAUCGGAGUCUUACACCACCCGAGAUACCCGAAAACAACCUGCGUCUGGUUGCAAAGAUUUUGGCAGCUCGAGAAUGCAGCGGCAAGGUGUUCCAAGAGACUUUGAGUGUUAUUAGCAACCUCUCGCCUAUACCUGGGGCCAAGGAGGUCUUCGGACAGGAAUUGCUUGGUAUCGCACAAGAAUUGGCGCGAUCUAUCCUUCGUGACCUCAGCGAUUUGACUGUUCAAGUCACAAAUGCUGAGUCACCGACGGAUGUUCAAGGCUUGGCUCUUUCGAAGUUCUCACCCGCCAGCUCCGAUCAAACCAAACUUCUGCGGGCUCUUACAGCAUUGGACUAUCUCUUCGAUCCUACGCGAGACAACAAGGAACAGAGCGGCGCGGUUGCACUCGAGCCCGCACAGAAGGACGAUAUCCUUAUGUCUUUGUACGAGGAUUCCGCAUUUGCUCCGUUGUGGAAUAAGCUUAGCGAGUUUCUGACUGUGAUCCGCCAACGGGGUAACAUGCUUAACAUCGCUACCACCUUGUUACCGCUUAUCGAGACUCUCAUGGUUGUCUGCAAGAACACCACCCUCAAGGAUGCACCACUUGGAAGGUUGGCCAAUAAAGAGUUCGCGCUUUCGAGCCCGCCCCCGGAGAGCAAGAUGGAGAACCUGUUCUUCAACUUUACCGAAGACCAUCGAAAGAUCCUGAAUGACCUGGUGCGGCAGAACCCGAAGCUCAUGAGCGGUACUUUCUCGCUGCUUGUGAAGAACUCCAAGGUACUGGAGUUCGACAACAAGCGCAAUUACUUCUCCCGUAAACUGCAUGCUCGGACCCCUGAUCGCCAGCAACACCCGCCGCUUCAGCUUGCAGUCCGCCGUGACCAAGUCUUCCUAGACAGUUUCAAGUCAUUGUACUUCAAGACUGCGGAUGAAAUGAAGUAUGGUAAGCUUAGCAUCCGCUUCCAUGGUGAGGAGGGUGUCGAUGCUGGGGGUGUUACCCGUGAAUGGUUCCAAGUCAUUGCCCGACAGAUGUUCAACCCAGACUAUGCGCUUUUCAUUCCUGUGGCUUCGGAUCGUACGACAUUCCAUCCGAACCGCCUGAGCGGUAUCAAUCCGGAGCACUUGAUGUUCUUCAAGUUCAUUGGACGCGUCAUUGGAAAAGCCCUCUACGAAGGCCGCGUGCUUGACUGCCACUUUAGUCGAGCUGUCUACAAGCGGAUCCUGAGCCGGCCUGUCAAUGUCAAGGACAUGGAAUCUCUCGAUGAGGAAUACUACAAGUCUCUUCUUUGGAUACUCAACAAUGACCCCACCGAUGUCAUUCCCGAAACCUUCUCAGUGGAGACUGAACGCUUUGGAGAAACCGAGAUCGUGGAUCUCAUGGAGAACGGGCGCAACAUCCCGCUCUCCGAGGAGAAUAAGCAUGAUUAUGUGCGCCUGGUGACCGAGUAUCGUCUGACAGGUGCUGUCCAAGAACAGCUAGAGCACUUCCUCAAGGGUUUCCACGACAUCAUCCCUUCGGACUUGGUUUCCAUCUUUAGCGAGCAGGAGCUCGAGCUGCUUAUCUCCGGGCUACCUGACAUCAAUAUCGAGGAUUGGAAAGCCAACACAGAAUAUUCGAAUUACACUCAGAACUCGCCUCAGAUUCAUUGGUUCUGGCGCGCUGUCCGAAGCUUUGAUAAGGAAGAGCAGGCGAAAUUGCUUCAGUUCGUCACGGGAACGAGCAAGGUGCCGCUCAACGGAUUCAAGGAGCUUGAGGGCAUGAACGGCUUCUCCAAAUUCAACAUCCAUCGUGAUUAUGGCAGCAAAGAUCGCCUCCCGUCUAGCCAUACUUGCUUUAACCAACUCGAUCUUCCCGAAUACGACGACUACGAAUCCCUCAAGAAGGCUCUCUACACGGCCAUGACGGCUGGUGGCGAGUACUUCGGCUUCGCAUAAAUGCGAUGAUCGGUUACAUAUUCCUUUCUUUCAGACUGUACAUCUCGUUAGCACCAUGGAUAUAGCUAUGCAUUGCAGGGCGUCUUUUACACGGAGCGGGCAUUGGGGUUCACGAAACGAGUACUCUGCAUUGGGUUGGAUGUGGUCUCGCCGGUCAUGUUCGCUGUAUAAGUAUAGUGGGGGGCGUAGGUGCGGAACGGACCGAAAAUGGAAUUAGGGAUGGGAAAUUCGGGCGGUGGCUGACCUUAGUCCGGUGUACGAGCAUGGAUGAUGGAUGAAGGGAGUGCAGGCCUGGAUUCUGGAUUGUGUGCUGGCGUGUUUGGCUAGGCUGGGCACGGCUCAGAGGAGAAUGUGCGCCGUGUGCGUGUGUAUUUUCUUCUCUCAUCAUUUUGGUGGCGGCAGUAGAUAGAUACAUACUCGAAUGGGU